AUGGAGACCAAAGAUCUCAAGGGAUUUCUUUACGGAUGGUUGGGUAAGCAGAAGAUUGGCGCCCCACAAUAUACCGUUAAUCCUGUAACCCGUGGAGGAAUUCAACGCUUUAGAUGUGAACUUCGCGUACCUGGUCACUCCUACAUCGGACUUGGGAAUUCGCUCAAUAAGAAGGAUGCUGCCACGAAUGCUGCUAUGGAUUUUUGCCAUUACCUUGUUCGCCAGGGAUUGCUGAAGGCUUCUGAUGUUCCUGCGCUAGAGGCUUCUUCUUUGGAAGCGACAACAGGUACCGCAAAUGGAGCUGAGAUCAGUGGUGAACGGGGUUCGUUCUUUAAGAAUGACUCAAGCAGCGGAAGUGGAAGCGCGCAGCAGAUAGGAGGAAACACGGUUCCAUGGAGUAGAGCUCCACAGACAGCUCACGACGCCUACGUUAGUCAGAAAGCUGAAGAGAUAGCUCAGUCCGAGUCUGUCGACCUAAAAGCCGAAAUUCAUGGCGGCUGGACGAUGGACAAUAGCAAACAAGCGCUCAAUGAGUUUUUGCAAAAGAUGCGUCAGCCAAGUAUUGCCUACAAUACUCAUCUCAGAGAAGCGAACAACUGCAGGACUUAUGUCGCUGAAGCCUCUAUAUUCGUACCACAGCUACGAAGACAACUAUCUGGAAGAGGCCAGGGAUCAUCAAAGAAAGUUGCUGAAUCCAUCUGUUCUAUGGGAAUUGUAAGGCAAUUGUUCCAUCUUGGAAUUUUGGCUGAGUUUAAAGGUGAACGAAAGAAAACCACGGCAACUACGCUGCCUGAGAUUCCCAUUUCCGUGCCGCAUGUAUUAGCUGAACGAGUAAAAGCCUUUGUGGCAAGCUCUGGUGUUCAGCCUGUUUCUAUAGGACCAGAAGAGAAGCCGACAUCGGAAGUUCCUAAGUCUAUCCUUACGAACAUAAAACUUGAUGAAUUCCCUGAAUCUCAGGUGAUGCCACCUGGAAAUAUCUCAUGGGCACCUCCAAUGCAGAACUGGAACGCUUGGCGCGCUAGUAACAUCGAUGAACCUCCUCUAGCGUUUGUGAGUGCAAAAUCUUUUUAUACAAGCUGGCUUACGAGUUGUCACAUGUCUCUAUCUGAAAUAAGCGCAAAGUUGAAAGAAAUGGAAGAUGCAAAGCCAAGAAAUUCUACCAUGGCAAAAACUCGUGAAGACUUGCCUGUUUCUCAGUUUAAAGAUGAGAUUCUACGUGUUGUAAGAGAGAAUCCAGUAACGCUCAUCAAGGGAGAGACUGGAUGUGGUAAAAGUACACAGGUAGUGCAAUAUCUACAAGAAUCAUUUGUACGAUCGAGCAGAGGAGCAGAAUUCAAUGCGUUCGUUUCACAACCUCGCCGCAUCUCAGCGAUUUCACUUGCUGAAAGAGUAGCCGCUGAAAUGGGAGAGGAAUUGGGUGAAUCAGUUGGUUAUGGUGUUAGAUUUGACGGAGUUUCACCUCGGCCUUAUGGUGCCAUCCUCUUCUGCACAGUAGGUGUACUGCUUAGAAAGAUGGAGAGUGGACUUCGCGGCAUAUCUCACAUAAUUAUUGACGAAAUCCAUGAAAGAGAUGUGAAUACCGAUUUUAUCUUAAUUGUGCUGAGAGAAAUGGUAAAAGAGUAUCGCGAUCUUCGCGUAAUUUUAAUGUCUGCUACUAUUGAUACAAGGAUGUUUAUAGAAUUUUUUGGUAAUUGUCCAGUAAUCGAAAUGCAUGGACGAACAUUUCCAGUGCAACGUGAGCUUGAAGUUUCAAUUUUGAUUUAA